CCGUGCAAGCUACACCGCCGUAGUGUCUCACAUUGAGGUGUCAGUGUAUGUGCGCCCGCGCCCCAUAACUUCAAUGCAAAUAUAAACGGUCGAGGUUGUCACAAAAUUUUUCUAUUUUUCAACAAUUUUUCAUGAAGAAAAUUAUCAAACAUCAGUGAUUCCAUGGAUUAACAAAUUGUCUCGUCUUGCGGAGUAGUAAUAUAUGUAUAGAUAGAUAAAUGCCGAGGCAUUCAAACGUCGAUAUUCAAACCAUUCGAGUUCAUUUUAUUUUCUGCUGACUAUCAAUUCUAGAAUUAAAAGCGGAGACUUGAUCAUGUUUCUAUUAUCGAAUGAGUGAUAAUUGUGAUAUCAACCGCGGAAUUCCACGUCAUGAUAACUUAUGCAUCGCAGUUUCGUGAUUGUGACUCGUUAUAUGGCCAAUUGUAUCCUCAUAAAAAUGAAAUCAAUCAUAGCUUGUAAUUGUAACGAUUGCCAUUAGAUAUUAUUACGUGUGGACAAUUUUUCUUUGUCAACAUUAUAUUUGUAAAAUGUACGGAAAAUGUUGUCGAUUCUCAAUGAUGAAGAAUACUGGAUAUCACCGUAUUCGCAACCGCAGUACACAUCCACCGCCCUAUAUAAUCAACAAUGUAAAAUGAGUUUUACGUCACCCCUCACCGAAGCCUUUCACCGAAGAUGAGAUACUUAUCGCUCAAAUGUUGUGAUAGAAAAGAGACCAAUUCGGUGAUAAAUAUGUGACCAAAUAAUGAUCCAAUAAUGUGAAUAUGUGUGAGUGUAUGAAUCCAGAAGAUGAAGAUCAAUCAGAUGAUCAAGGUGGAUAGUCAAAUGAGUGUUGAGUAAAAUCAUAAAUUCAAAUAAAUCUUAGAAUGGAGCGUAUAGUGACGCUUGAAGGUGCAAGAAAUAAUGAGUCGGUUGAUUUGUUGAAUUUCAUGAAUUCUACUCAACAAAAUCGCUCAAUAAGUAAUCAAGAGAGUCAAAAUCUGGACGCACUAUUGCUCUGGAUUAUAAAAGCUAUUAUCAUGAGUUUUAUCAUUCUUGCAGCUCUGUUUGGAAAUUUAUUAGUGAUUGUCUCAGUGAUGCGACACAGAAAGCUACGAGUAAUCACUAAUUAUUUCGUCGUAUCACUUGCACUCGCUGACAUGCUCGUUGCGAUAUUCGCAAUGACAUUUAAUGCGAGUGUUGAACUAUCCGGACGUUGGCUAUUUGGUUAUUUUAUGUGCGACGUAUGGAAUUCACUGGAUGUGUUUUUCAGUACUGUAUCGAUACUCCAUUUGUGUUGCAUUAGUGUUGAUCGUUAUUACGCUAUUGUUCAACCUCUUGAUUAUCCACUAAUAAUGACUAAUUUGCGACUUACGACAAUGCUGGGUGUUGUAUGGUGUUCGCCGACAAUCAUAAGCUUUCUACCAAUAUUUGCCGGAUGGUAUGCAACAGCUGAUCAUCUAGCCAAACGUCAACAACAUCCUGAAGACUGUGAGUUUCGUGUUAAUAAACCGUAUGCUGUAGUGAGUUCAAGUGUUAGUUUUUGGGGCCCUGGCAUCAUCAUGCUCAUUAUGUAUUACAAGAUCUACAGGGAGGCAGAUCAACAAGAGAGGUUACUCUAUCGGAGUAAAGUAGCAGCGGCACUGCUCAACAAGCACCUUCAAAUAAAUGGAAUAUCAGCAGGCCUAGCGGGACUGCAACCGCCGGAGCAACCCCCACCAGAACCAGAACCAGAGGAACCACAAAUCACCAGUAGCAGCAAAAUGAAACGAGAGAGAAAGGCUGCUAGGACUCUCGGAAUAAUCAUGUCUGCAUUUUUGACAUGCUGGCUGCCAUUCUUCCUCUGGUACCUUAUAACAUCGCUUUGCGACGACUGCGAGAGCAGUGCGAUGGUAGUUGGGGUAGUUUUUUGGGUUGGCUACUUCAACAGUGCACUGAAUCCUCUUAUAUACGCUUACUUCAAUCGUGAAUUUCGCGCAGCCUUCAGUAAAACACUUGAGAGCUGUUGUGCAGCCCUUGCGCCAGUACGUGACCUAAGACAAGUUCACAGAAAGCAAGAUCUCGUGCACAGUAACGCCUCAUCAGAGUUGCAUGUCAACAAUCAGCUGCGGACAAGUGAAAUGACUAAUGUACACAUCGAGGCUUGCAUCUAGAUAUUUUCAUUACCGCACACCCAACACCAUUAUUUCAUUUUUUUUCAAACAAAGUUUAACAAAUUCAUUUAUAGAAGCAGAACAAACUCUAUGAUAUAUUACCAUGCAACGCUGCACACAGCAAAAUCACUUUAAUAUAAUAUUCCCUUCAAUUUUUAAUCCUAUCCUAUAUACCUUUAAUCCUAUUUAUAAUCUUGAGUUUUAUUGUUAAAUCUGAUAAUACUCAUUAGUUAUUGUUGUUAUUGAAUUAAAACUUUUCAACGUUGGAUGGAACAUUCAUUUUCAUCUCUGAAAUAAUUCUCUCAUUUAUAAACGCAGCGUGAAUAAAUAAUUGUGCCAAUUAUUGAUUGUUUCUUCCGAUUUUAUGUUAAAACAAUAAAAUUCCUCAAUACCUACAUAACGAAACUCAAUGGUCUCAGCGAUUUUUCAUUUUUUCAUUUUUAUUGAAAUAUGUGUAAAUAUCUCGGAGCAUUACUACAGUGCUACUGUUCCGAUGGGACGAAAUCGCGCCCAGUGUAUUUUCACCAUAGCUAAUUAAUUAAUUGAGGACGAGAAUAUACCGCGAUGAGAUCUGAAUACCAAUGAAAUUGUACUAUGCAGAGACAUCAAGCUACUGUUCGUCCAAUGUUUAAAAUUAGAAAAAUCAAUUCUACAUAUACGACCAUCUAUAGCCCGGAAGUAUCAAUUAAUCUAUCUAAGGCAUAUUUGCUUUACUUUUCUCUAAUUCAUUUUUAUUUUGUGAAUAAUGCUCCUGUAUUCAUAUACCAGAGAAAUACACUCCCACACUACAUUCAAGAUUGCUUAUCGCCAAGGGCGUAAACUUUCCCAACAUAUUUUUACAAUAUUGCACUGACAAAAAUUCAAUACACGAGCAAAGACCGUUCGAUGCUUUCGACAGUGAAAAAAAUUGAGAAAACCAAAAAAAAAAAAAAAACAAGGAGAUGGGGUAGAAUAAAAUUCUGCACCUGAAGAUAGUGUUCAAGCGCAUUUACUCAGACUUGCUCUCGUUUUCGGGUGUAAAUAAAAAGUAAUCAAUAACAAUAAAGAUUAAAAAAAAUGAAUAAUAAUACUUAAAACAGGGUGAAUUGGAAUUUUAUUAAUUGAAUAUCGCACUGAACAACCAAAGAAAAAGGAUUCUUGUAUAAAUAGGUAAAUGAAAAAGCAAACGACCAAGCUUCCCAGUACACUCUAUGUUUUGGUAAUGGCGAAUAAAAAGGAUCAACUACGUUGGCAUAAUCGUAAAGAAGAACCAAAACUCUACUUUUCCGCGUCAAUUGUUUUUGUUUAUGUAGAUAUGAUAUUUUUUACACUAAAUAAACAUACAAAUCAUUAUAGUGGGGAUGAUGUUGAUUAAAUAUUGAGGAUAUACUGUAAAUAGUCAAGUCUAUCAGUGGGACGUAUUGUUAGAGAUAAUUGAUCUAGGUUGAUUAAUUUGUAAAUUAAUGAACCUUUAAUAUUUAUUCAAUUUUUGUGGAGUGUUAUUGAAUCCAAGAACAAUGAAUGAUGCUUCCUCAUUAUUUUUUAUAUUGAGAGAUAAAGAAAAUAAUUGAAAAAAAAAAAAUACAUAAAUAAAAAACAAGUAUGCGCACAUCAUUCACGUAUUCACGUUGCAGGUGAGAAAAACACUAAAAAAUAUACCAAAAAUGGAGAACAAUCAUUAAUACUAAGAUGACAUGUAAUCGAUGGAAUUAGAUUUGAAAUGUUCAAUGCGGGAGCAUUGUGAAAACACGUGGAUACCUAUUUAGUGAAUAAGUGACUAUAGUGACCUAAUGAAUGUAUACCUAAUUUGAAAAAACGGAAAAAUUCGUGAAACUCUUUAGGCUCUCAAAAUAGACUAGAUUUAAAUCAAAUAGGAAGAUAAAAUAUUUUUUUCUUUACCGUAGAAAUAUCGGUUGUGCGUUAAGACUUACCACCGUAAUUUCUACUUGGUCAUUUAUCACUGAUAAACACUAUCGGAGAUGAAUUAUGCAUGUCAACAAUAACAGUAUGUUUGGAAAUGCAAAUGGUCUGUAAUAAAAUCAAUAAUAAAAAUGAUAUAUUUGCAUCAGAAUGUAUAGAUAUAUCGAGAAUACAUGUCAAGAAUAUAUAAUAACUAACGCCAUAUAUUGAAUGACUGUGAUGAAUCUUUAGGGUCACGUAGUAAUAUUGAGAAUGUCGAUAUAUAAAAUAAUGAUCUGAAGUCCUGGAUGGAAGGUCAAAGCACAUUAAUAAAGAUAUUUUAAGAAGAA